AUGAGUACAUUUCACAGCAACAACAACCCUGAAUGUGCCGACAAAGCAGAGUCCGGAGUCAUCGCAACCCUUCCGGCUGAAGAGGAGGUGAAGAAAAGCAGUCGAAAAAUUGACUGCAUCAUCUGUUUUUCCAGCUACAACCUAUCGAAUCGGCUCCCCAGGCGGCUGUACUGCGGCCACACCUUCUGCCAGACUUGCAUCAGGAGGCUGGACUCAGUGACCAAUGAGCAGAGAUGGAUCCCUUGUCCGCAGUGCCGCCAAAACACCCCAACGCCGCGGGGAGGGGUGGCUAUGCUGGACCUGGAUCUGGCUGCUUUUCUGGCGGUGAAGUCGGAAAAAGACAGCCCCCGAUUGGCUAGCAAGACUCUGCCUACAGACUCGGAGCUGAAAGUAUUCUCCAAAAACGUCCCCGUUAGCCGGCAGCCCACGGGCAGCUGCCAAGAGUCUGUCUCUGAGCCCCGAUUCCCGAGGCGGAUCUGCUGUAAAAACUGGUUUUGUUGCUCUUGUUGCACUUGUGUGUGA